AUGACACCUUCCGAAGGCACGAACAAUGCCCUGAAUAACACGCUGGUGGAGGUGCAAUCUCUUAUCAAGCGAUGCAUGAAGCUAAAGGAAGGGGACACAACGGAAGCUCUAGCUUUGUCGGAUGAGAUUGCCAGACGCGUGGCAAAAAAUUUGAGAGAAUAUGGAGGAAGCGCAACGUCAUUCUCUCCCCAAUUACUGUCCUGUGCAGCUGUGGUACGUGAUCAUUCAAAGGGAGGUACCUUUGUAUUGUUGCCCGAUUGGACCACCGUCUCCGACGACGACCCACGCAUCAAGGGUCACCCUCGGUUCCACAAGACCCAUAAUUACCGCGCUUCAACAUCCACCGCGACAACCAUGCCAGCCGACACACAACCCACUGCGCCGACGCAAUCUCCAACUCAACUCGCCAACAAAUCACUGGCCACCGAUUCCAACCAAUUGCCACCGUCUCCCGCGGUCCUGGACAUCGCAGCACAGAAAACUGCAAUGUCUCCAUCGCCGACACCGGUAGAAGCACCAUCGCUUCUACCUCCCGCAGCAUUAGAACCUCAGACACCACCCUUGUCUAUGGCGCGGGAAUUUUUGGAACCGCUUACACCAAUCCCGCCCUCAUUCGCGACCAACAAAAACGACCUGUCUUCGGCAGGAAAUAUUGGGAAGGUGAACAAGGUGGCAGAUGGGAAUGUCGCCGGAGCGAGUGUUCCGACCAGGCCGGCGCCACGUUCGUUAUCUCGGCAUGCCGGUGCAAAGAGGAAGAAGAAGUUCAUGUCGGAUGAAGAGGACGACAAGGUGACCGGGACCAUCCACGUUGCACGGAAGCGCAAGGCAGUAGCAUCCACGGUCACAGCAGUUGUGGGGCCGGUGGAGACACAAUCAUCCGACCACAUGGAUCGUGACUCUUUCUGGGAUGCACGAACAAGGCCGGCCGCCUGGGGUCGUGAUGCCACUGUUGCCACAGCGGCAGAGCAUUCCAUUCGGUAUCACUCUUGGCAAUGCAACAAAUGUGUGAAGUUAGAUAUGCCUUGCAUUGUCCUCCCGGACAAGAAGGUCGGAAACAUGAGGCUUGCGUGCAAAAAUUGCGACGAGAUGAAGAUAACCUGUGCGAUUGACAGCGUUGGUGUCCGGGAAAGGAUGCAGGCGAAAACCAAAGCUGCCGAAGUGGCUGCGGGAAUCCAACUGCGCUUCAAACACUCCAGAACAGAUGCGCCCAAGUCACGAACAAGGACUAGAGCAAAGACGGCGCCCCGGAAGACACCAGCCCAUCUGCGUCUGACCUCCCGGGGUGGUGCAACAAUACAUUCGCCAGAUGAACUUGCAUCAGACAGUGCGAAGGGGCAAACAUCCGGUCAUGCGGAUACACAAGAAUUAGAUGUGGUGGAGGAGAUGUUGGACUGGAGGUUAACGUUGUUGGAACAGCGUUUUAAUGCCUUGGAUGCACACUGGAAGGCGUCGUCGUCGUCGCUCGGGCAUUUAUCCGUGGCCUUUCGGAACCACACUGACGAUGUUGUGGGUGCAGUUGGUGAUGUCGGAAUAUCUGCAUCUAUUGUUCAUCCUGCUAGAACUCCUGACGCUUCCCUUCCCGUGGUAGCUACUGCAUCAUCUCACAUCUCCGGCAAAGAACGGCCCACUUCGGCGGGUGAAUCUGCCUUGAAAUAG